UCCACUGCAAUUACUGCCAUGCUAAAUUCCUUCUAUCUUAUUACCCAUGGAAUUAUAAACAAAUAGGAAGUCCUUGGGCAUCUUAUAAUACCAACGAGAAGGACAUGGAUAAGAGGGAAACGGUGUGUGUAACUGGAGCGGCAGGAUUCAUCGGAUCUCGCCUCGUCAAAAAUCUGCUGCAAAGGGGUUAUACAGUUCACGCUACCUUGAGAGAUCCUGAAAACCCAGCUAAAAAUAGUUAUCUGCUAUCCCUUCCGGGAGCCAAGGAAAGGCUCCAUCUCUUCAAAGCAGAUCUUUUGGAACAUGGCAGCUUCGAUUCUGCUAUUAAGGGCUGCGAUUUCGUCAUCAAUUUGGCCACUUCUCUGGAUUUCCAGGGCGAUAUUGUCAACAGUACGGUGGAGGGAACAGUGGACAUUCUAAGAUCUUGCAAGAAAGCAAAAACUGUGAAGCGAGUAAUCCAUACAUCUUCCAUCGCCGCAGCUUACCCUCGAAAUGAAGACGGUCAACUUAAGGAGGUGCUUGAUGAAUCCUGCUGGACUCCUGUUGACUAUAUCAGAGGAAAAGACUCCGUUAUGGGAAUGUAUGCAGCAUCAAAGACUUUAGCGGAGCAAGCAGCUCUGCGAUUCGGAGUGGAGGAAGAGAUUGAAGUGGUAACAGUGUUGGUAGGGAUGGUGGGUGGUCCUUCUCUAACCCCCACAAUUCCUGAGAGCGUUUCAAUGAUGUUAGCACCACUCACAGGGAACAGACUGCGUUAUGAAAUCAUGAUACUUUCGAGUAAAUCACUGUUAGGAUCGGCGCCAUUAGUCCACGUGGAAGAUGUAUGCAGUGCACAUAUUUAUUUGAUGGAGCACCCAUCUGCAGUAGGUCGUUAUGUGUGCUGCUCUGAUCCCGUGACUGUUGUUGACAUGCUCAACUUCUUUCGCAAACGAUAUCCAGAAAUCCCCUUGGCUUUUGGAAACGAAGAGGAAGAAGAGGAGUGGAAGAAAGUAGUAGUACCAAUUUCGUCCAGGAAACUGAGUGAUCUGGGAUAUUCGUACAAGUAUCAUCUAGAGGAAAUACUCAGUGACAGCGUUGAAUGCGCAAAGCAAAUGAAAGUCUUGUGAGGGAUGUAGACUUUUUUGUUUGAACUAAAUUUUUAAAUUUAAUUUUUU